CUAGUAGGAACUGCGAUAAUCUCCUCGACGACAUGUACUGCGGCGACGAUGUGGAAGCUGUUGUUGGGGAUGUCGGCACGGGGCUGAGCAAGUUCGGAUUGGCAGGAGAGGAUACGCCGCAGCUGGUGCUUCCCAGCAUAGUAGGUCGCCGGCCGCCACCUCCUAAGGAUGCCAAGGACGCGCCUGCAACGUCCGCUGUGCUCGGAGACAUGUGGCACCGACACGAUCUAGAGGUUGUGCGGCCUAUUGAGGCGUGUGCAGUGGCCAACUGGGACGCAUUAGAGAAGGUCUGGAGCCAUGCAUUCGAUCGCCUCCACGUGGACGCCAAGAUCCAUCCAGUCAUCACAUCAGCAGCUUCUUGCUUUGCCAACGACGCACUGCACAACGCGGCGUCUCGGGACGGUGAGAAGUACUUGGAGAUGAUGUUUGAAACCUUCCAGGUGCCAGCCUUCUACAUGGCUAAGGACGCGGUGCUGGACGCGUUUGCUUUCGGGCGAUCCCUCGCUUUAGUGGCUGAAAUUGGCGCUGGAGCGUCUCGUGUCGUGCCUGUAUACGAUGGAUACGCGCUGGAGCGACCGGCACAGUACUCGCCAGUGGGAUGUAAUCAGUUGUCUGAGUAUUUGGAGCACUUAAUGUCCACGCAAAAGCCAAAAUCAGUCACAGUGAGGCCACGGGGGACUUUUACAAGGAAACUGAACCCACAGACAGGAGCAUUGGAGACCAUUCCGUUGUCUGAGGAGCUUACGACGCCGCCGGCGAUGCCAUCCAGCUAUCUCAAGUUUGCAAGAGCAGAUUUGUUUAGGGACAUGCGAGAGACUACAUGUAUUACGUCGGAAACAGCACUCGAGGGGCAGCUCAGAGACUCGCCUGGACAAGCGUCGUCGCCGGAACCGGAGCCGUUGGAGAUUACAGAGCAGCAGUAUGAACUGCCAGAUGGACAGACCAUUGUGUUGGGCAAAGAGCGGUAUGAAGUUCCUGAGUUUUUGCUCCAUCCUAAGAACUUUGGUGGUGCUGUGGUCAAGAACGAGCAGCACGCUGCAGCAGCGGCCAAGGUAGUAGCAAAGGGUCUGCAUACGAUGUUGUACGAUGCGGUGCAGCUGUGCGAUGCUGACCUACGACGAGAUUUGCUGACCAAUAUCAUCCUGUGUGGAGGAGGUAGUCUCACGCCAGGCAUCACCGAGCGUUUGCACGCGGAACUCACACGUAUGGUGCCCAGUACAUUCAAGGUGCGCUUCACGACUGUUACGAAGAUCGAGCGACAAUUCAGCGUCUUCAUCGGCGGUUCUAUCUUGGCAUCAUUAGGCUCGUUCCAGCAGUUGUGGGUAUCCAAGCGUGAGUAUGACGAAGUUGGAGCCCACGCUCUGUGCGCAGACCGCUUUUGCUAG